UACCGCCCUCCCGCAGCUGCCGCCGCCGCCGCCGCUGCCGUCGUUGGGGCGGCCCCAGCCGCCGCUGCAGGGGCAGCUGCAGGGGUAGCCCCUCCCCGCAAUGGCACUUGGGGCACCGGGGGUGGCGGAGAGAAGCGGCAGUUGGUGUAUGUGUUCACCACGUGGCGCUCGGGCUCGUCUUUCUUCGGUGAGCUCUUCAACCAGAACCCCGAGGUGUUCUUUCUCUAUGAGCCUGUGUGGCACGUGUGGCAAAAACUGUACCCAGGGGACGCUGUUUCCCUGCAAGGGGCUGCGCGGGACAUGCUGAGCGCUCUGUACCGCUGCGACCUCUCGGUCUUCCAGCUGUACAGCCCCGCUGGCAGCGGGGGGCGCAACCUCACCACGCUGGGCAUUUUCGGUGCGGCCACCAACAAAGUGGUGUGCUCGUCGCCACUCUGCCCUGCCUACCGCAAGGAGGUCGUGGGGCUGGUGGACGAUCGCGUGUGCAAGAAGUGCCCACCGCAGCGCCUGGCGCGCUUUGAGGAGGAGUGUCGCAAGUAUCGCACGCUAGUCAUCAAGGGCGUGCGUGUCUUCGAUGUGGCUGUGUUGGCGCCGCUGCUGCGCGACCCUGCCCUGGACCUCAAGGUCAUCCACCUAGUGCGCGAUCCUCGUGCAGUGGCCAGCUCACGCAUCCGCUCGCGCCACGGUCUCAUCCGUGAGAGCCUGCAGGUGGUGCGCAGUCGGGACCCGAGAGCCCACCGCAUGCCCUUCCUGGAGGCCGCUGGCCACAAGCUGGGCGUCAAGAAGGAGGGUGUCGGUGGCCCGGCAGACUACCACGCACUUGGCGCUAUGGAGGUUAUUUGCAACAGCAUGGCCAAGACACUGCAGACGGCCCUGCAGCCCCCUGAUUGGCUGCAAGGCCACUACUUGGUGGUGCGGUACGAGGACCUGGUGGGAGACCCUGUCAAGACCCUUCGGAGGGUGUACGACUUUGUGGGGCUGCUGGUGAGCCCUGAAAUGGAACAGUUUGCGCUCAACAUGACCAGUGGCUCGGGGUCCUCCUCUAAGCCUUUUGUGGUGUCUGCCCGCAAUGCCACUCAGGCCGCCAACGCCUGGCGGACGGCCCUCACCUUCCAGCAGAUCAAACAGGUGGAGGAAUUUUGCUACCAGCCCAUGGCCGUGCUGGGCUAUGAGCGGGUCAAUAGCCCGGAAGAGGUCAAAGACCUCAGUAAGACCCUGCUCCGGAAGCCGCGGCUCUGAGAGGGUUUCCUGGGAGACUUGAUUCCCUGUAGAGACACCCACGGGAGGAUUGUGGUGUAUUUAAACAAAAACAGCCCAGACCCAAACUGAGGAAGCCCACAUAUUCUAUUAUAGAUAUAUAAUAUAAAUAACCACACAGGCACUUGCUGUCAAUGUUUUGAGUCAUUGAAUUUCAAGGAACAGCCACAAUACACACACAUCUCAGAAAAGGCAAGACUUGAAAGUUCUGACCAGCUCCCCUCCUCUCCCUUACCUUUUUUCUCUCUUCGCUUUUCUCCCAGUUCUUACCUUCUCUCCUACCUGCCUUGCGUUUUGAUGUGGGAUGUAGGUUAAAUCAUGAUCCAGUAACUUAAAUCUUGUUUACAAAAUUUUCGUGGUAUCUGUGAACAUGUAAAAGUCAUUUGGAUGUGGGAAUGGGGUGAAGAAAGGGGAAGUUUGGCCAGGAGCACAAAGCUCCUUUGGACAAACCAAGGAGGCAUUCUUUAAAAGUAGACUUGUGUAAAAGGCGAAGGUUAUAAAGUGAGUAUUAAUAAAAAAGAUAAUAAAUAAUAUUCUUUUUAAUAUUUGCCUCCAUUACUUUGGAUUUAUCUGUGCUACUUGUCCUGUGUAGCGUCAGACAGAAUUUGCUUCCCCUCACCCCACCCCAUUUUCCCAGUCUCUUUCCUAGAAAACGCUGGGAUGGGUAGCAGCAGCUUCUGACUCCUUGAUUAGAACCUUGGAGUUGUUUUCUCACAUGUAAAUCACAGCCUGUCAGGUGCCCAGGAAUGGGAACGAACCUUCAAAUUCUAAAGACAAAAACCAAGCAAGGCAGCGGAGGAAAAAGCACACUCUGCUUUCCUGUUCCACCUUGAGCACAGAAAGGAAGAAGCAACCCCUUGAGGAUUUGACAACAUUCGGUUUUGAUUACUAUUAAGGCUGGGGGACCUUGACUCAGAGACAUGUUUUGGUGCUGAAGUUAGUUCAGAAAACAAUUUUUGUUUUUUGAAGGGAAGUAUGUAAUUAAAACAAUUUCUGAGGAUUAAAACAUAGACCUCGAAAACUAGUGUGAACACAUUGUUGACAAUGGUAGCAACUUCUUUGGUUAGAAAAAUGACGAAGUAUAUGUGUCUGGAGGGUUUUUCUGCCUGUGACAGGACAUGGAAGGAUUUGAAAAGGGAAGUUUUAUCUGAGAACUAUGAGGGCAUGCACAGGCUUUUCCUUUUCUUUCUUGAUUCCUAUUUAAAUUAGUGCGAACAAUAUGAAUUUAUAAUGUCUUACUUGGGAUGCCCAUGAGGCUAUGUUGCUUUUCCUUAAUGUGUUUCCUAAAAGUAAAAUUGCAAAGAAGCUAUAACAUGUUGCAGACAGUAUAAGGCUUCAGCCAAGAGCUUCUUUUAGAUAUGAAAAUGAAUUAUGGGAAAGAGGAAAUGAAAUGAAUUAUGAGAGUGUGUUGGAUUUUGAGAUUUGGUAUUUUCUAGGGAGAAAUCCAUUCCAAUUUUCUUGCGAUGGUAAUGGUGUUGCUGCUGUUCUGAGCCCAUUUGUACCGAAACAUUCUGCAGAAUGUCAUAUUAUAAUAAGACGUUAUGAAGCCUGAAUAGGAACAAGCGACAGUGUAGUUACAUAUUUCAUUAAAUACGGUACAAGUUCAAUAUCAUCAUGACUUUAUUUUCUACAAUUUAUUGUGAAAUCUCUGCAGGCCAAGCUAUGUUGGUUAAAUGCUGAGGAUUUAAGGAAAAUGAUGAAAAAUAAUAUGUACAUGGGAAAUAUCUCAACACAAGAUGACUCUUAAGUAUAAUUUUCAUUACAAUGUGAAAUCUAAUCUCGCUGUUAAGAAGUCAAGAUAAAGAAGCACAGAAGUUAAAAAGAAGAGUUGUGUUUAGUAGUGGAUUUUAUAACACAUUCCAGAAUGAUUAGUUCUUAAUUUACUAAAAUAGUUUAUAGUAUUGUGUUUAUUAAACCAGAUUGCAGCUAUAACACAUUGAUCAUGUUUUUCUAUAGUGUUUUCAUGGUAGUGCCUAUGCUGAAGUAUCAAGGGCAGUAGUGGAAUAUUUGCAAUAGCUUUAAUUUAAGAAAAACUUUAACAUUAAAAGAACAAAAUACAUAUUAAUGUGGGAUGACUACAGAUAACACAGGCUUAAGAGGAAAUCAAGACAGCAUCAUUAAAAAGCAGCCUUUCUGAAUAAAAUAACCACUUAAAAACAAAAUUCAUAUGAUAUGAGCAUCAGGUAUCACUUAAUCACGGUAGAAUUCGUGUUUAGUUUUUGAGCGAAGGAUUUUUUAAACAGGUGAAAUCGUUCUCCUCUCAGUAUAUCUAAGGACUUUGUGUUGAAGUGGAAUUAUGCUGUUUUUGAAUCUUGUAUUAAAAAAAAUAUUAGAUGCUUCGUAGAGCCUUGGCAGCCUGCAGAGCAUUUGUGGCCUCUGCUCAGAUGAAAUUUUAAGUGUAAACACAGAACAUUUGUCCCUUGUGCUGCGUGUGAAUGGGGUUUCUGCCCAAAAUAUUCUUGUUUUGUAACGAUGCAUUCUCUCCGCUCUGCCACUCUGUAAUUUGAAAAGGUGAAUUGUAGCUCCUGGAGAUUUGUACCUUGCUGCAUUCUAGGAAAGCUAGACAGGUAUAGUUCCCACUAAUGGCCGGCAUAGUCAUAUCAGUGACAUUCAGCUUUCAUGGGUUUGAGAAGGAGAGAUGCAUUUUUUGAUGUUAAUAAGCUGCUGUCAGCCCCUGCAAGCAGACCUGUGCCCCCAACAAAUUGCAACAGAGCCUGUGACCAUUUCUGAGGCAGCAAAUGUAAAAGAGAUCCUUUCACAUUUUCCAACUUGGCAGGAUGUCCAUCAGCAGGAGGAAAUAUUUUUCAGAGCCAGUUAUCAGAGUGAUUUUUAUUUUCAGAUUCUGCUUAGCUUGACAGCAUGCCUGACGUACCCCUUUGACUUUGGAAUGCCUUGUUAAUUAGAAAGCUCUAUUUAAGAAAACGUGGUCUACCCAGUGCAUUUAGUCAACAAAUACGAGUUUGGAACAAGGCAGCAGCACCGCUGGGUGCUUAAAUUUCAGGGAGCUCACUGGCGCUCAAAGGCCUCAUUCAGGCUGACCCAUGGACACUUCGCAGGCAGAGACGGGGACCCCUCAGUGUCCACCACCAUGUGGGUACUCAAUAAACGCUUGCUAAGUGCCUGAAUGAAAUCUAGAACUAUCAGAAUUUGAAAGUGCUCAGAAGGGCAGGAGUGGAAGAAUGUGUUACCUGUUUGGAGAAACUGCCAAGCUGUUCACCAAAGUUUGCUGAAGGAGAGGGGGCCUCAGGCUCCUAUUUUGAUGUGGGGAGUGGGCAAUAAGAAUAUCUUCAAGAUUUCCUGGGUGACCAUGCAUAGGCUAGUAUUUCCCACAGAUGAAUUAGAAACAAAAACUCAGAGUUUCUCAGUGUGGACAAGUAAACCUUUCCAAAUGAGAAAUUUGAUGUUUAUUGUUUGUUUUCCCAAUUGCGUUAACGAGAUGAAGGCAGAGCUCAAAAUAUCCCUGCAGAAGUUAUGAACUGUCUGAGGGAGAGCUAUCAGGUUGUUCUCUGUUACAGAAGCCGUGUAAUAUUUAUUAUUUUGAGUGUUUUGGACGUGCAGUUUCAAGGACUAUGUGGUGGAUUUCACCCAGGCAUGGGAAUAGUUACUUUCAGGAAGUUUGGCCUAUUGUGGAUGCUGAAUGAGACAAUGGCUCCCUGUUCUCAUGCAUCCCUGCCUGGCCGAGGCCCGUUCUGUCCAGGAUUUCUGUUGCACACAGUAUAGUUGCGGCUGGAUUAUGUUGUCGGUUUGAAAUUAAUGUGAAUCUGAGUGAGGCUGUUAAUUAAUAUUCCCUGGGUCUGAGCAAUGAAAUAAAGAUCAUGUCUGAAACCCCGUCUCUAGAGAUGACUUCAGAAAGACCAAGAGGAAAGUAAAAUGGCAUGUCUUAUCUGUAGCCGUCAGUAAGGAUGAGAUGUCACUUUACCACCCUCCCCCAACUUUCUUGCAUCCUUACACAUAAUACCCAUGCCCGUCUGCACAUGCAGUUGAGUUCCUGCAUUAUCUUUAGGACUGGAAAAGAAUGUUUUAACACCAGCUAGUAGGUAUGUGCGGAGGGGCACUUUCAAUUUCAGGCCUUGGGAGAGUGAGUGGCCAAUGAUUCUAUCAAAACCUAUGACUGUUCUGUGUCAGGAUCCAGUGUGGACAGGUGGAAAAUGACAAUCACUAACUGAGGAAUGGCUUGAUCUGUGUGAUGGGCUGUCUUGAGGUAAAUGCACACGUUUCAGACCCCUUUUGUCACCUUGAGGUGAAGAACAUAAUUUGUUCAUGUUGGCCCCCCCGCCCGGGGACUUGAGGACUUGAGCUGCCACUUUUGUGGCUCUAGUACAUGCCACUGAGCUGCUCAGGUACAGGUUCUCGUACAAGUGUUUAAUAAUUGAAAUUACAAGGCUUGACUUUUAUUACAUCUGAUGCAGUUCUGCACACCCUUAAUCAAAGUAUGCUGAGGAAAUUGUUAAAUUCUGAAUAACACAUUAAGCUCAUAGAAUGGGAAACUUUAUGAACCAGUGCUCGGAGGUGGUAUUGUUUGUAAACUUGACAGAGCCUUGAGGGAGGAGGAGCCCAUCCUGUACUUGGCAGGAUGAUAAAGGAUGAUCAGGUGUGGCUAAGGCCAAAGCUUAACUUUUGGUCGAACCAGUUAUUUGUCAUCAGAGAUCAAAAAGUGUUUGGGGACUACUUGAACUUGCAGGUAUGUGAUAGUCACUCUGUCAAGUGAAUGGCAGUGAAAAUGAUCACCAAAGUGGCUCCCAUCCCAAACUGCAUAGGCAGGGCUUGACAGAAAUGUACCUUGAAGCAGUUAAUCCUCUAAACAGGACCAGCUACAUAAUUUGUGGAGCAUAGUGCAGAAUGAAAGUGUGAAACCCCUUGUUAAAAAAUUAUUAAGCAUUUCAAUUCAGCAACAGCAAAGAGUUAAAACCAAGCAGGGUUUCCUUCUCCUGUGGGCCUGAAAACUACAUGGGCUGUGUGCCAUGGAGGCAGUCCUGCCUCCGGAUGCAGGGAAUGAAAUGCCUGACUAUAGGAGAGAGCAAAUAAUGGUGGCCUCUAAGUUCCUGGGAAAUCGGUGCCAAGGUAAGAGUUAUUGUGUGUAACUAUAAUUAAGGCAAAGACAUUCCAGCGAGACAAAUGUACUUUGCAUGAUGGAAUUCUAAGGAGGUGGAUGUGCACAUGACAAAAAGUCCUUAGUAAUUGCAGCCAGUGAUUGACAAGGCCUUCUGAGUCAUCAGUUGGGCUUGAGGGCACUUGGGGCUGAGUGUUUUCAGGACUGGUUGGACAGAGACAGCCUGUGCUGUUGCAGGAAUCCUCACAGGAACAGAACAGAUGUCUUCUAGUAGGACUAAGAGCACGUUCUCCUUGUCCUCGACAUGUGGCUACUGGUGAGUUCUGCUAAUGAUAACGUUGCCUUCCUUCUGAAACUACUGUAGGGCUCUGUGCUUCUUGUAUAAAAGAGAGGGAAAGUCUUUGUAUGGCAGAGCAAAAGGUUAAGUCACAAUAAACUCAAGGAGUAAAGGUGCAAGAUGAACUAA